GUACAACAUUGUACAACACACGAUGAAUGUAAGCCGCUCCGACUUUAUUGUGUCAAUGUGUAUGGGUUUUUUUUGGUGUGUUCCGUAUUCUCAUAAAAACUCUUGAAUACACAUCGUAGUAAUUUUUUCGGUCUACACAUAUGCAUAUAUACAUCAAACUAUACAAGCGAAGGCAAAGGGAGCGAAUACAGAUGAAGAAAAAAAAUGUUUUAUAUCCGACGACAGCCACACGACAAACAACAGUAGCAGCACACAAACACCACACCGAAAACAACACACAGAGAAGAGAGCGAGAGACACACUGCACACACGAAAAAAAAACCUUUCGAGGACCAAAAACAAUUUUUUCUUAAACCAGUCGAGUUUUUGCUUCGUAAUGAUUAACACAUUAUUCGAUGCGAGCAAUUUUUUUUCCGUUGGUCUUUUGGUUUUGAUUUGAUUGUUCGUCUCACCGCACUCAAUAGUAUUCAAUGAAUCGGCGGUGGCUCAAUCAAAGCACAAGUAAAUAAGACAUACAAAAAAAACAGAUUUUUGGAAUGAGUGUGUAAUUUAAAAAAAAAAAAAAAUCUAAAUCGCUCCAUUUUUCCAACAUACAUAUUAAAAACGCGAGAGCCAAUCAAUUUUAAUUAAAUCAAAUUGGCGCCAAAAUUAAUCGCGAAUCAAAAAGUAAAUUGAAAAAAAAAUCGUUACUUUUCACUGUGUAUAAAUUUCGAUCGAAAAUCGCGCGAGCAUUGUGAUUUAUGAACUGAAAAUUGUGAACUCUGCGCUGUUGUGUGAAGUAAAAUCUAAAUUAUUCCAGCAUUUGGAAACUGCAUCGCGACUCAGCCGGACACAGAUUAAUUUCUGUGCAUUUUUCGAACGAAACAUUUUUUUCAUAGUGAAUUAGCGGGUGAUCAUAACAUAAACUGAAAGUGGCGCGAAUUGACAUCGAAAAAAACAUUCAUCUUCAUGUGAACUGAACGAGCAAGAGCAAAGAAAAAAAAACUGUAAAUUUUCAAUAAAAAACAGAACAACUGGCGAGGCUACUUUACGAGGCGCGUCUUCAAUUUUUUUUUUCUUUCUAAAAAUAUCCGUUUCUAUAUGAAUCACAACACAUUAGCGGUGGCUGAACACAAAUAUAAAAAUCAUUGACUUAGAUUUUAUUUUCACAACCGAAGAAGAAAAAAAAAACUGAAAUAUUUAAAAGCAUUCCGUUGCGCAUUGAUGAUUGAUACGAAAUGUUUAUAUACCUGCAAAACGUUGCUGUUUCAAAAUAAGUGCACCGAAAAAUUGGACGAUUUUUUUUCUUUUCAUUCGUAGAAUAUUUACGGGGAAUUUUUUUCCUUCAUUAUUUUUCGCCGCGAAUGAUUUUCAUAUGGGUUUUGAUAGACUCGAACACUUUUAUCCGCUCAUUGAACGAAUUCAACGGCGAUUUAAAGCCUAUUAAAUUGUGAAACAUUCAUUUCUGUGCGCGCAAUACUCAAUAAUAAACACACAAUCACAGAACUAAUACAGUGGGAAUUCAAAUCAACGAAAAAUUGUUGUGACAAAGCGUAAACUUAUCAGCGUAGCGAAAAAAAAGAUUUUUUCUCGAAAAAGUCAGCACACAAAAUACAAAAGUGCCUUGCCCUCAUCAUCAUUUCCGAUAAACUUGACGCAGAACUAGUAUAUAUCCGAAAGAUUUUUCUCUAGAAAAAUUGUUUUGCGCGCACAAGAUUAUCAUUUGUUGAUAGCCUAAUCACGUGUUAAUUACCAUCAAAUGGUAAAUAAUCGCAACUGAAAGUGAAUUGUGCCGAUUUAUCUCGAGUAUUUUUUCCGGUGUGGAAUCGCUUGAGUUGGAAUUUCGAGUGAAUCAGUGGGCAAAACUGUAUUCUGAGAAAUAAAAAACGAACAUAAACACAAAAGCCAUACUAUCUCUUGUUGAACAAGGCAUAAAACCGUGAUAAGCGCAAAAUAAAGGGCCAACACCAUUUUUACACAAGUUUUUGUUGGUUAUUAAACUGGAGGGUCGUACAAUUGAAUAUAAGCCCGGUUUUGGGCUGGAUCAUCACAGCUCACCUCUGAUGGCGGAAAUACCUGGACCCGACUACAGUCACAUUCAUCGAUCCAUCGAUCAGCUGCGCUCGAUGAACGAACGCGGUGUUUUACAAUUGGGCCCGAUGAGCACCCUCAUGCACGACUACAAACCAUUCAACAUUGAUUUACGAAACCAUGAUCGGCUGGACUACAAUAAAUUGGCCAAUGGCAUCGAUCUGGUUGGACGCAGCAACAACGAUGUGAACAACACCAACAAUAACAACAAUAACAAUAAUAACACGAAUGCACGAAACAAUGUGGACAUUGGACGUCAUGAACAUCAUCAAUCUCAUCAACAACCAGAUCAAAAAGCAUAUAGCUCACCAUCGACACCGCCAACACCGCUCUCCAACAAUGACGGGCAAAUGACUGAAACCAAGUUAUUCAAUAAUUCAAAGGGCAAUGGCGGCAACAGCGGCGGCGGUGGCAACGGUGGCGGCGAACAUAAUUUGAACUCACAGCUUCAGAUGCGCGAGGCCAAACCAUACAAAUGUACACAGUGUUCGAAAGCGUUUGCCAAUUCCAGCUAUUUGUCACAACAUACCCGCAUCCAUUUAGGGAUUAAGCCAUAUCGUUGCGAGAUUUGCCAACGGAAAUUCACACAAUUGUCACAUUUGCAGCAACACAUUCGCACCCAUACCGGUGAUAAACCGUACAAGUGCCGUCAUCCGGGCUGUCAGAAGGCAUUCUCACAAUUGUCAAAUUUACAAUCGCAUUCGCGUUGCCAUCAGACUGACAAACCAUUCAAAUGUAAUUCAUGCUACAAAUGCUUCACCGACGAGACCGCACUUCUCGAACACAUACCAAAGCACAAGGAAUCGAAGCACCUAAAAACGCACAUCUGUCAGUAUUGUGGAAAAUCGUAUACGCAAGAGACCUAUCUAUCGAAACAUAUGCAAAAGCAUGCUGAACGCCCUGAUAAGCGGCCGUCAAUUCCAUCCGGUUUAAAUUUGGCCGCAAUGAACCGUAAUUUGAAUAUCUCAACAAAUGGUCCGAUCAAUGCAGAACAUCCGUACUGGCCAAAAGUGAGCCCCGAUUCGGCCGCCAAUCUGGCCGAAGCAAUGCAACAACAGCAGCAGCAGCAACAACAGCAAAAUCAAUACGAUUUCACCAUUCAACAGAAUAACAGUGAUCAUUUGCAAAAUCAGCACCGAGCCUUAAUCAACGAUCAUCACAGGUUGAACGGAUCGAGUGCCAACGGCACAUCAAAUGCGAAUAACGAUGACAAUGGCGAAGAUUUGGUGAUUUCACGUCAAAAUGCCACCAAUUUAGCACAGCAUUUGGUUGCACAAAAUGUGGCUGCUGCUGUGGCGGCCGCAUCGUCCGUUGCACCCAGCUAUGAUGCCGCUUCAAUCACAAAAACCACCUCAGCAUCGGCAUUCACACCGAUCAAUACGAUGCACUUGAAUUCACUGGGUCAUCAUCCGGUGAUGGCACAACGGCCGUAUCUAUACGAUUUUCCGAAUAAAAAUCUGCAGCAAAAUGUCAAUAAUUCAUUCCCAAACAACUUGAUAUCGUUGCACAACAUUCGUAACUAUGCACACCAACCAGGCGCUCCCGGCGGCAUGAUCCCAGGUGAACAUUUGCUCGGCAUCGGUGUUGGUGCUGGUGUCAAAGACAAGGGACAAUAAAAUGUGAAGCAUUUACGUUACACGGCUGUCCAACCUCCCUCACACCAAGCAAAUACACUAGCUAUUUCAAAGAAAAACUGCAAUGAAAAAUGCCAUUGCAAGCCAAAAAACGCUUGCUUAAUUUAACAUGAGAGACAUAAAAAUGCAUUUUUUUUCUACUUUGUGUGGUACAUAAAAUUUAUGCGAUUAACCACAUUUGAUUACCGUAUAACAUAAUAUAUAUGUAAUAUGUAUGAUACAGGUUGAGAUCUCACACACCCACACACAAAUACACCCACAAACACACGAAUUGAAAUCGUGGAAAAUAUGUAAAUUUGUAUUUAGAACUCAGUAAAAUGAAAUCAAAUACGAAAUUGUAAUAGUCGUAAGAGAUAAACAGACAAAUGUGACGUAUGGUACUCUUGAAAGCAAAAAUUGUACAACAGGACCAAAUCGAUUUCCCAUCUAAUGCGCAUCAAUUGAAUUGAUUUCGAUAUAAAACAUCAAACAAAAAUCCGGUACGAAAUGUCCUUGUUGUGUUUUUUUUUUGCCAAAGAAACAAGAUACAAUUUGUACCAUAACCAGUUAAACGAGUGUAUGACAUGUAGAACAUAGACACCUAGAAUUUAUUUUGCAAGCAAAACUAAAAUCGAACGAUUGACCCGAAAUGGGAAAAUGAGGAAGGGAGUCAGUCGAUUUGCGACCGCAAUUCAUUCUUAGAAUGGACUUUGAAGUGCAACACAUUUGAAAAUCAGCAAUUUUCACUUUAGAUUUGAAACAAGUAACAGCGAAGAAGGGAGAAGAACAACAGCACAUGGCUGAAAAGAAAUAAAAUGCCAGUUUCGAAUUUCAAAACGAGUUAAAUGAAACACUUUUUCUAUGGAAAAAAUGGAGAGAAAAAAAAAACCAACUCUUUGUGACUCGAAGCAGUGUAAAGUUUAUGAAAUGCACGUCUCGGUGGCAGCAAAAAAAAAUGAACGAACGAAUCGGGAGCGGAAAAAAGUUUAUAUAUUUAUCAAUGAUAGAAACGUGCUCCCGACCGAUCGAACGAAUGAAUGAAAAGAAAUUUUCAUGCAAAAAACAUUGUAAAGAAAAUAAAACAAGACAAACAUGUGAAACAUUCAUUUAAUUACUUAAUUUACAAACAUUGCGUGUAAUUUGAAGGCAAACAAAUAUUCAUUGAUAAGUUUUAAUUAAAAUUAUGAAAUUCAAAUAGAGCAAACAAAAAUGGAGAUGAAAAACACACAUUUAAUCUUUAGAUGAGAAGAAAAUAUGAAAAAAUAUUUCAUUUUUUUGCAAGAGAAACAUAAAUGCGUUGAAUUAAGUUGAAAUAAUGUCAAAAACUGAAUAAAAGGAGUAAAAUAAAUAGCGAAUAAUAAAAGUAAAUAGUUCUAAUUUUGACUAGAGCGGAUCUUGUGAAAUUUAUUGACAGAUUUUUUUUUUUAAAUUUCUUUCGUUGUUGUUUUUUGUUGCGUUGGCACAAAGAAAAAUAAUAAGCAAAGUUUUCAAAAACACAAGGGAAAAGCCACCAACAUUUUCAAUACUUAUUUUAUUUCAUAUUAUACACAAUGUCACAAGUUCAUCGAGAUCUGGGCGGUGAAAUCAACUUCAUGAUCCAUUCAAUAUAGUCUAUGUAUUGUCGACUAGGGAAUAUGUGUAAAAUCAAUUUGUAAAUUGAUAAUGAAUUUGUAAGAAAACUUUAACUGCAUAAACAAUAUUUCAAGAGACGAAACAGCAACAAACAACAACAGCAACAACAAUAAUAUUUACUAAAUUAGUUUAUAGCCUAAAGUAUAGUGAUUACGUUUUAAGAGAGUGUAAGAGGAAAACAAAAAAUUACACACAUACACAUACAGAGAAAAACAAAAAAUCUUUAUUAUUGAAUAAUUGAAGAAAGAAUACAAAACAAUUUAUUAUCGUAAAUAAAGGAAAUUUAUUGCAUAAAUAUUA